GACCCAGCCCUUCGCCUCGACACUUCCCCCACGGGGCUACAGGAGGCUAGAGGGAGAAAAACCGCCAGCGCCACUGAGCAGCCGGUGUCGAGGCUAGAGCGUCCCCACGCCGGGACUCUCUAACAGCCACCGCACGCUCUUCUCUAUGGUUGGGCCCGCCUCCUGAGCCCUUGGCUGCGAGCGCACAGCACGGAGCGCUUGUGGAGGUGCCGCCAUGAUGAACAGCGGUGGAAUCGGGGUGCCUCGCUUCCCCUUGGGCCCUACCUCCGUCAUCCAAGUCACCAAUCUCUCCUCGGCGGUAACCAGCGAGCAGAUGCGGACGCUCUUCGGCUUCCUGGGAGAAAUCGAGGAGCUGCGCCUUUAUCCCCCAGACAACGCUCCUCUUGCUUUUUCCUCCAAAGUAUGUUAUAUUAAGUUUCGUGAAGCAUCAAGUGUUGGUGUGGCCCAGCAUCUAACUAACACCGUUUUUAUUGAUAGAGCUCUGAUAGUCGUACCCUGUGCAGAAGGUAAAAUCCCAGAUGAAGCCAAAGCCCUCUCUUUAUUGGCUCCUGCUCCUACUAUGACAAGUCUGAUGCCUGGUGCAGGGUUGCUUCCUAUACCCACACCAACUCCGCUGACUACACUUAGUGUUUCACUUAGCACGUUGGGAGCUAUACCAGCAGCAGCACUGGACCCUAAUAUUACAGCACUUGGAGAAAUACCACAGCCACCAAUUAUGGGAAAUGUGGAUCCUUCCAAAAUUGAUGAAAUUAGGAGAACAGUCUACGUUGGAAAUCUGAAUUCUCAGACUACAACAGCAGAUCAGCUGCUUGAAUUUUUUAAACAAGUUGGAGAAGUGAAGUUUGUGCGAAUGGCAGGUGAUGAGACACAACCAACACGGUUUGCUUUUGUGGAAUUUGCAGACCAAAAUUCUGUACCUCGUGCUCUUGCCUUUAAUGGAGUUAUGUUUGGAGACAGGCCACUGAAAAUAAAUCACUCCAAUAAUGCAAUAGUGAAACCUCCUGAAAUGACUCCACAAGCUGCUGCCAAGGAGCUGGAAGAAGUGAUGAAGAGAGUAAGGGAAGCCCAGUCUUUCAUAUCGGCAGCUAUUGAGCCAGAGUCUGGAAAGAGCAGUGAAAGAAAAGGCGGUCGAUCUCGUUCCCAUUCUCGUUCAGAGUCCAGAUCUAGUUCAAAAUCCCGAUCUAGAAGGAAAAGAUCACACUCAAAACGCAGGAGUAGAUCACACAACAGAUCACUCUCUAGUCAGAAGGAUAGGCGUAGAUCCAAAAGUCCUCCCAAAAAACGUUCCAAGUCUAAGGAAAGGAUGAAGUCAAGAAGUCGUUCUUGUUCCCGGGACAAGAAAAAAGACAAAGAAAACAAAGAAAAGGUCAAGGAAAAAGAGAAGGUCAAAGAGAAGGACAAGGACCGAGAUAGGGAGAAGGAGAGAGACAGAGAUAAAGAAAAAGAGAGGGAGCGGGACAGAGACAAAGAGAGAAACAGGGACAAGGAUAGGGACAGAGAUAAAGAAAAAGACAGGGACAAGGACCGAGAGAGGGACAGAGACAAAGAAAAGGAGAGGAACAAAGACCGGGAGAGGGUCAAGGAUAGGGAGAAGGACAGGGACAAGGAGAAAGUUGGGGAGAAGGACAGGGACAAAGAGAAGGAGGUAGUCCGGGACAAGAAGGAAACGGACCUGGAGAAAGAGGGGGACAAAGAAAAGGAUCGGGAGAAAGAGGGGGAAAGGGAGAAGGUUAAGGAGAAGGACAGAGAGAAGAAGGAGGGUGACAAGGAGAAGGACAAAGUCAAGGAAGGGGACAAAGACAAGGAGCGGGAAAGAGAAAAAGAGAGGUCCAAAGAGAGCGAUGAUAAAAAGAAGAAAGAGAAGAGAUCCAGAACACCGCCCAGAAGCUACAGUUCUCUAAGAAGAUCUCGUAGUUCUAGCAGAGAAAGGCGUAAGAGGAAGAGUAGAAGUCCCUCCAAGUCUCCAAAAACAUCCAAAACAUCAAAGAGAAAGUCCUCUCGGUCUCCAUCACCAAGGAGAAAUAAGAAGGACAAAAAGAGAGAGAAAGAAAGGGAUUCAAAUAAUGAAAGAAAAGAGAGAGAGCAGUCCACAUCCAACAAAAAAAGUAGCAAAGAAAGAGAUGGGAAGGAGAAGUCUGACAAAACCACUACUACACUGAAGGACAAAGAUCACACUAAAGAGGAUCCAAAUUCAGAAAUUAACAAGGCAGGAGACAACAAAGAAACGCAAAGGAUAGAUGAAGUCAGACUACAACAGAAUGGGAACUGUCAACCAAAUGAAGAAAACCUCUCAGUUAAAAUAGAAGAGGUAUAAAGUAACGAAUGGACCUCUGACUCAACUGUGGGAUGAAUCCAAAGCUUUUUAUUUCCCUGAAAGAGGAAGAAAACAUCAAAGCAAUCUACUGAACAGGUUGAUAUGUACUAGUAGCUCUUCCAAUCCUUGUGAUAGCUUUGUUGUCUUCUUGCUAGAAAGCAAGAAAGACCAUGGACCAGUAAUAUAUGCCAUGACAAGGCAAAUGCCAUCAGAACUAUUCAUCUGUGAGAAUCCAUGCAUUUCCAUGAUGGCUGUACUUAUUUGUAAAAUGAUUUAUGUUAACUUUUGCCAAGAACUGUUUCAAAUAAGUGGAAGUUGAAAGAUGUAGACCUGUAUAAGCUGAAGGUAUGCAUUGGAAGUUGUUAAAAUAUUUCUGGUUAAUGAAUUUUGUAUUGUUUUUCCUUGUGGUUUUUUUUACAUUUCAAUGUGUACUGUUUUGAUAAUGUGCUUGGAAAUGGUGCAAAAAUACACACUUUUCCUUGUAAAUGACAGCUAUGGAAAAAAGGGUUUUUACUUUAGUACAUAGUUUUGCCGUUAUUGCGUUAAAUGCCCACUGACUAUUAAGUUUUCAUUUGCUCACUGCUUGGAUUCAUUUUUUCUUAUUUAAAGUCAUUUUCUUAUUACUAUCCCUAAAAUGAGUAUUUCUUUUAAUAGUAGUUGAACAAGGCAUGCUACUGUCCUUUUUAUAGAAGGAACAACCACCAUAUUGUACAUAAUAGUUCAGCCUACUGGGUUUCUUCCCCCUCCCCUACCCUCAAAAGUGAGCACAUCUGUAUAGUGGUUUCAGAUCUUCUGGUUUUGUUUUGAGCCAUAUUGCAGUGGGUCUGUUCCGCUGCAUAUGGUACAGGUGUCAUUAUGAAAAUCAAUACCCCUGUUUUCAAAAUAGUAUAUGGGAGCACAAGCUAAAGCUUUAGUGCCUUCUUAAAAUGUGGUAUAUUUUCUGGAACUUUAUAUAUGCUAUUAAUUUUGAAUUACAUUUUACAUAAUCUCGAUGGCUGUUCUACCAACACCAUACCAGUAGACAAGAAUGUGAGUGAUUUGUCAGAAAAGCUGUGCUGGGUUCACUUGGUACAAGAUUGAAACUCCAUUUUUAAGAAGAAAUUUAUAAAUGAAUGCAAAAGUGCAGUUUGGGGACCAUCGUACUAUGAAGUAUGGUAACUGAAUACAGAGCAUGCUCUGAUUUUACCAAAAUCAAAGGGAGCUCUUUAACCUUUUUCUGUACAUUGAAUGGCCUUAAUCAUUACCUCUCAAUCAUCUUCUCUAAUGUUGGUUGUGUGAUGUGAAAGGAAUUGUGUGCAAAGUUUGUUUGAAAAGAAUAGUAGUUGAAUUUACAUUAGAGUUAUAUGGUAGAGAUUCUAUGUCCUUAUUGGAUCCAUUCUUUGGGGAGAAAGCAUGUAACUUGAGAGAAUGACACACUGCAAAUAUUUUGUCAAGUAGAAGUAUGACUUGUGCUCUGAAGUAAUCUCAUCAUUGUAAGAUUUCCUAAAAGUCAGACCUUUAAAACUUGUUUAAUACUAAAAUGAAGUAGACCUAUUUUUAAUACAGUGUAAUACAAUCAAAAGACUUAAUUGCCUUACCUCAUGGGAAGAGUUAUUUCUAUCAAUUUUAAAAGCCAAGUAGCAUAUUAGUUACUUUCAAAUUGAUUUUCCUUUUUAAAGUUAAUACUUACAGAAGCCUAAGUGUUUUAUGGGGAAUGAAAAGUUGCCCACUUUAUAAGUAAUGAAACCCAGUUUGUGCAGCUGCUUAAUCACUCUUUAUUUUUGUUAGGAUUUGAAGUGUCUUGCCACUGUGUACCAUUAAAAUUAUAGAAAAUGCUUUACCGUGUAAAGUAUAGAUGGUCAUUUUUGUGAUGUUUAAGCCACAUGCAGUUGGCUGGUGAACAGCUUAUUCCAAUAAAAGAAUGACAAAUCUGUAUGCUUAUAGAAAGACUGUGAAGGAUCAGGUCUUGCAACAACAGCUGUCUUAUUUAUGUGUAAGUAGCAUAGAGCAAAGAUUGUUUGUAUACUUGUUAUCUUUGGUACCAUUUCACUAAUAAAAUUAAGUAUUUUAGAGGGACGUUUUUGUUUAUAUAUAUUUGAAAGGAACAUUCUUAGUUGAUCUGCUUUUUCUCAGGAGGUUGCUUUGAUUUGGAAAGUGCAUGCCAGUAAUAUACAUAGCAUUUAGAAAAUUAGCUUUUAUACUAUAUCUUGUGAGAAGUCAAAUGGUUUUCACACGUGGCUUCAUGUUUCAGAUGUCAGCAUUUAUUUUGAUUCCUAUUGGUUGUUUUUCUUGCUAGUAUUCUGAAAUUGCACAGCUCUAUAAUGUGGCAGAAAUUCAUAAAAGAUUGCCUAUGGUUGUCUAAGAACAAUAUCUAAGAAAAAUUGAAAAUUUUUGCAACAGCAGACUAGCAGUUUUACUAGCUAGUUGGAGUGUGUGUUCCAUAAUUCAGCAUAUUCUCUUGUACUGCGGGAUUUUUCCUAGAAAGCAUAUUUUAUUACUCCAUUUUCCCUUCCCCAAAAGCCUACCACCAGAGAAUUAGCCUCAUCCAAGAACAGUGCCUCUGCAGUAGGUGGAUUGUAUUUAUAAGGCUGCUGCUUAGUAAUACAAUUCAUGGCCUGCUCCCCAAGGAUCGUGUGCAUCAACUAUUCAACAUGCACAGCCUGUACUAGAUGACCAGUGUCUCCUUCAUAGCAGGGUGGCAUGCUGCGCUGCCAUGUGACAUUGCAUUUGUUAUCAUCAGUCUAGGUAAACUAGCUGAAAGUGAGUGAAGUAUAUAUUUUCAAGAACAACAUGUUUAAUAAUAUUUAGAUAAAUAUUUUAAAUACAGUUUAAUCUGAAUCAACAUUGGCCAUAGCUGAAAGUGUUGGCAAAUCAUAGUUUAACUUUUGGGCUUUUUCCACUCUGAAAAGAGAUUGUAAAAAUGGCAUCUUUUUAUCCAACAAAUCUGAAUGUUUGUUAAGAAUAAUCUGUGAACAGUAGUGACUAACAUUUUUGCAGGGGUGACAUAACUAAGAAAAAGUGAGCUGGAUUCUGUUUCACGAUUUUGGGGUUUUUUUGAAGUUUCAAUUAAAAGGCUAUGCAUUUAACUCUGUGUAAAUCAAUUGAGGUAAAUAGGGUUACACAGAUGUUACGAAGGAAAUAAUUUUCCCUGCAAAACCUUUACUGGGGAAGGGGAAAGAAAAUCCUAGAUCCCACAAUUCCAUGGAUAUAGUCACUUUUCAUGGAAGAACUCGUGAAUUCAAAAUUUCAUCCUUUGUGCAAAAAUGUGUUGUGUUUAUCCAUUGCAGAACUUAAAGGUUUGAAUUCCAGUACUUUUUACCUAAGCAGAAAAUGAUAAGCAAAGGCAAUUUUGGUUGGUAAAAAAAAUUGCUCACAUAUAUGUUGUUCUCUUCAGAAUGGCUUCAUUUUUUCCAUUCAUCUAAAUAAUAAUUAAAAACAGGUAGUUCUUGCCUCUUGGAGAAGCUAUCUUCUUCUUGGAUUUUAGACCUGACGUAUCUGGUUUGUUUUUGUUUGUUCAUCUUAUAAUGAAAUAAGAUUAUAGCUAACCCAUUCUUAUUUUGCAAGACUUUCUUUAAAAAAGAUGAUGAAAUCGUAGGUGUCUUUUGUAGCUGUUAGCCUGGAAAUUGGGUUUCAGCAGUAUAAACUAUGAACCAUUUUUAAAUAUCUGCACUAUUACAAGCAAGUUGGGUAAUAUGCUGGACCUGAUUCACCACAUGUUGCUCCUCCAGCUUUAUUUUAAUGCGACUAUUAAUUUCAUUGCAUUUUCAACCAGGUUAAAAUGGGAGUGACACAAAAGUAACAGUGAUGAAUUGGACCUAGUGGGUCUGAUCCUCCAAUCUUCACUCUGGUAAAACUCCCAUUAAAAUCAGCAGGUGCUUAUUUGAGAAAGAUGUAGUGUUCUUCCCCCAAAUAUGGAGAAUGGAUAGGUGAAAUUCAUAGCCAUAUGUCAUUUGUUUUACAUUAAAGGCUUGUCUACACUUAACUCUUCAGCAGCACAGGUGUGCCACUGAAGCUGCGCUGCUGUAAUGCUUCAGUGUAAAAACUACUUACACUGAUCGGAGGAAUUCUUCCGUCGGCAGAGGUAAUCCACCUACCUGAGUAGCUAGGUUGAUGGAAGAAUUCUUCUGCAGACCUAGCGCUGUGAGAUGGAGACUUAGGUCAGCUUACCUAUGCCAUUCAGUGGAUGGUUUUUCACACCUCUGAGCAAUUUAGUUAUGCCAACUUAAUAUCUAGUGUAGACCAGGCCUUAGUCUUACAGUCAAUUUAUCUUCAGAUGGCGAUUAUUCGAUUAUUGUGUAAAAUAAUGUGAAAAAAGCUGAGUCAACCUCCAUCUAAUGUUUAUUAUAUAUUGAAAAUGAAAAGUAAAGCAUUAUUUAAAUGUAGUUUUGUGUGAGAUAAGCAUCCCCUCAGCCACAAAUCUUUCAUUCCAAACUUAUCAAGAGCUCCUUUGCAUAUAGAAUUUAUAUCCUAUUUCAAAUCCAACAACAAGGAGGCUUGUCAUCAUGUUUUCUGCAUAGCUCGUGCUGCUCUAGGCAUCUAUCUAUCAUACUUAGAUGGCUCUCAUCUGCAGGGUAUCUGAGCACGUCAGUGUACGUUUUUUUCCUUUAUUGCAUUCCAUAUUCAACAAUUGAAUAAGCUGGUCUUGAGAUGUCGGCUGCCUUUUCCCCCAGUGCAUCUUUUACAUUCGGUAUAAAACACGACCCAGUAAGGCACUGGCCUCAUCUGAGAGGGAAACCAUUUUACUCCUUUAUACUUUAUCAGUUGUAUUUGUAAUGGUAUUCUACAAUUCAGAAAUGUUAUCAACUAUUUCUCAUGGACUGUUCUGAAAUGAUCAAUUCUACAAUCUAAGAAGGUGAAAAAGAGCUUUGUCCCAAUAAAGUUUGACUAUUUUGUGACUAUUGGGCCUACUGCAGGAUGAUAGUGCCUUGUAAAAAUGAACUCUAGCUGUUUGCUUGUUAUCUGCUAUAGAAAUCUUUAUCGUGUGAUUAUUUCUGAGAAUAUUUGGCCUGUUUUGAUUGUAUAUUGUUUCAGAGUGUCAGUUUAGUGCUAAAGUCUUUUGAUCACAAAAUAAGUAUCACCCUGGCAGUAGUACAAUCUUUCUCACAUGGAUUGGUUGAUGUGCCUCACACCUGACCUGAAAGGACUGCCAUUGGCAGCAGUAAGAUCAUAGCUUAGUCUUAUCAUCCAUUCAGCCCUUUCAGUCACUAAUGAGACUUCCAGCUCAAUGGUGCCAAUUGAGAGUGGUUUUCAGGAUAUGGAGAACUGUCCACUACAAACUAGAUUUGGGACAACUAAUUCAUAACUCUCAGGUCACCGGGCUUUUAGUCAGUGACUAAUGAAUUUGGCUUUGAACUGCUGAGUUAAGAUAAAAGGUUCAUAUAUCUACAUUCAUUCUGUGAUCCAAACAACUAUUUUUCAUGAACUGCUGAAAAAUUGCCAGUUAACAGAUUCAUAACUCCACUAUUUAAACAAAACAACCUGGUGGUGGAGCACUGGAGACAGGUUGGUAGUUAUGCACAGUUCUUUUCAUUAAUCAUUAGUGGAUCCUUUGCCUCUUCUCUAGAUCUCUAAGGUGCAGAGCCCAUGUUUUACUUUUUGCACAAUAUCUAGCACAAAAAGCUCCCAGAUCUGACUGGAAACUUGGCACUACUGUAAUAAAAAUUGUCACUAAUAAUUUCCCUUCUCCUAAUACUAGGUGUUUCUGAUAAUAAAGAAGUAAAAUUAUUCUGUGUGGGUUAUGUAUACUUGUGUGUUAAUAAAGCAAUUAUUAAAUAGUACAGUAAAGAAAUGUCAAAUGCUGCUACUAUUAUGUUGCUCUUUUUGUAAAUAAAUAAGUCCUAAGGUUUUUUUUA